GGGUCUUGUGCACAUCAUGGCCAGUUUUGAAGAUGCUGACACAGAAGAGACAGUAACUUGUCUCCGGAUGACUGUUUACCAUCCUGGGCAGUUGGAAAGUGGAAUAUUUCAAUCAAUAAAUUUUGGUAGCCGAGAGAAACUCCCUUCCAGUGACGUGGUGAAAUUCGGCCGAAAUUCUAAGGUCUGUCUUUAUACUUUUCAGGACAAACAGGUUUCCCGAGUUCAGUUUUCUCUGCAGCUGUUUAAAAAGUUCGACAGCUCAGUUCUGUCUUUUGAAAUUAAAAAUAUGAGUAAGAAGACCAACCUGAUUGUUGACAAUAGAGAACUGGGCUACCUAAAUAAAUUGGACCUGCCAUACAGAUGCAUGGUCAGAUUUGGAGAGUAUCAGUUCCUGCUGGAGAAGGAAGAUGGAGAGUCAUUGGAAUUUUUUGAGACUCAGCUGAUUUUUUCUUCAAUAUCACUCUUACAAGAAAACAAGUGGCCAUCACACAAUCCCAUACCUGAGUAUGGCCGUUAUUUUUCAUCCUGUUCCACCCAAAGCUCUUCUCCUACAGAAAUGGAUGAAAACGAAUAAUGAACACAGGGUCUGAGAUGAGAAACAUGAAGGAUGAACAGCUCUGUAGACACUUUAUAGACACUACUUAUUAAGAGUUUAUUAGUGUAGUAAAUUAUAGUCAUUUGUUAUGCUGUCAAAUUUGGGAGUUUAUCAUUUUAAAGUCUGUAAAUUAUAUUAGUCAUCAACUUAGUCACCUGUUGCCUUCUUGGAUCUGUAACGAAUCUGUGAGGGUUAAUGUAAAAAAAAAAAAGAAAUCCUUUGUGAUAAAAUAGUGUUCUCAAAAUAUGGUUAUAUUAUUUUCUCUUUCCGCUUGAUUUUCGUCCUGUAUUUCGUUGUUUUUGUAAGGAACCGUCUCUUGGUUUGGUCACAUCAUGUCACAGCAGCCAUUUGUUUUCAAGGUCAAGGCUCCAAGCAGGUUGUUACCGGUGUUCGUAGCCUGUUGGCACUUGCAGUACCAGAGUCCUGGAAUGCGUUCCGGACUAGUGUCUGUGUGUCAUUGUGGUUUGAGUAUGGGAAGACUUAUUUGAGAAAUAAUACCUUGCUUUUCUAUGAUUUUCUUUCCAUAGCAUUGUAGAAUGUUUAUUCCUAAGGUAUCAGUUCUCCUUGUCUAUAUUCAGCAUCCAAAACCAAUAUGUAAACAUUUUAAAGAACCACUGUGUUUACAAUUAUGUGCUUACCAAAGUUGAUGUUUGAUUUUUAUGUACUAUAUACAAUUUUAAAAUUCCAUGAAACAUUUUUAAUAGCAUC